UGUUUUCUCCGUUUCUAGAUAAAGUACAAGAAGCAGCCCUCAUUUUUAUUUUUAUUUUCAAUUGUGAAACACGACAUAGAGAGUUAAAAAAAAUUUUGUGUGUGUGUAUUUGUGUACAUGUGUGAUGUGUUUGGCUGAAAGACAAAUUUGAAUAUACGGAGAGAAACAAUCAACAGUGGUACACCAAAAAAUUUCAAACAGUGAAGCUCAUUGUAUAUCGAAUACUAAUUGGAAGUCGAGCAAAGAGAGAAAAAAGAAAUAAAACGGAAUAAAAAAAAAUGAAAUUCGGAAAUAAGUCAGUGAAAUUCAAUUGAAUGUAAAUAGACGUGCCAGUGGCAUUGAACAGUGUGCUCUUCGUUGGCUGUGUGUGAAUUUUGGCCAUCAGUGAAAAAUAGUGCUUGAUGACACCAAAUAGUUUAUGACACAGCAGGAAUGCUUGUUAGACGCGGUGGACUAUAGCUUAAGCGGAAUUUUUUUUGUAUUUACUACGACCCAAUUAAAAAUUGAAAGAUCACAACAAUUGUGAGUGUGUGCGCGCGAUUUGACACUGAUUGACGGAGGAAGUGUGUGUGAGUGGGGAGCAAAGGCUUCUGUAUUUUUGGGUAAUAAAAGCGCGUCAAUGAGGUCAACAAAAUGGUCAUUGUAACACGAGGUGACUACAUCUGGAUUGAACCAGCCACUGGAAGAGAAUUCGAUGUAGCAAUCGGAGCUCGUGUCACUUCGGCUGAAGGCCGUCGAAUACAAGUACGCGACGAUGAUGGCGAAGAACAAUGGCUAUCGCCCGAACGUCGCAUCAAAGCGAUGCAUGCAUCGUCCGUGUCCGGCGUCGAAGACAUGAUUUCACUUGGCGAUUUGCACGAGGCCGGCAUCUUACGAAAUCUUCUCAUUCGCUACAAUGACAAUCUAAUUUAUACUUACACCGGUUCUAUUUUGGUUGCUGUGAAUCCAUAUCAAAUUCUGCCCAUUUAUACAGCCGAUCAAAUCAAACUGUACAAAGAACGUAAAAUCGGCGAAUUGCCACCGCAUAUAUUUGCAAUUGGCGAUAAUGCAUACACAAAUAUGAAACGAUAUCGCCAAGAUCAGUGCAUUGUCAUUUCGGGUGAAUCGGGCGCGGGAAAAACUGAAAGCACAAAAUUAAUCUUACAAUAUUUGGCGGCGAUUAGUGGAAAACAUUCAUGGAUCGAACAACAAAUUUUAGAAGCAAAUCCCAUUCUUGAGGCGUUCGGCAAUGCAAAAACCAUUCGAAAUGACAAUUCAUCGAGAUUUGGAAAAUACAUCGAUAUUCAUUUCAAUGGACACGGUGUGAUCGAAGGUGCAAAAAUUGAACAAUAUUUACUGGAAAAAUCACGAAUCGUAUCGCAGAGUCGACACGAACGAAACUAUCAUGUAUUUUACUGUUUGCUCGCUGGUUUAUCGAACGAAGAGAAACGCAAGCUGGAUCUUGGAAGUGCAUCCGAUUACAAGUACCUAACGGGUGGUGAGAGUAUCGUCUGUGAGGGACGUGAUGAUGCUGCUGAAUUUGCUGAUAUACGUUCGGCUAUGAAAGUUUUACUAUUUUCUGAUGCUGAAAUAUGGGAAAUUCUAAAAUUACUCGCUGCAUUAUUGCAUUGCGGCAAUAUCAAAUACAAAGCAACCGUUGUAGAUAAUUUAGAUGCAACCGAAAUCCCCGAACACAUUAAUGUUGAGCGAGUGGGUGCUUUGCUUGGUGUUCCUGUGCAACAAUUAAUCGAUGCCUUGACCCGAAAAACUCUAUUUGCUCAUGGUGAAACGGUUGUGUCAACAUUGUCUCGUGAUCAAUCGGUGGAUGUACGUGAUGCAUUUGUGAAAGGGAUUUACGGUCGUAUGUUUGUCUUAAUCGUUCGCAAAAUUAACAGUGCAAUUUUCAAGCCACGAUCAACAUCACGAAAUGCGAUCGGUGUUUUGGACAUUUUUGGUUUUGAAAAUUUCGAUAAUAAUAGUUUUGAGCAAUUUUGUAUCAAUUAUGCCAACGAGAAUUUGCAACAAUUUUUCGUGCAACACAUUUUCAAAUUGGAACAAGAAGAGUACAAUCAUGAAGGUAUCAAUUGGCAGCACAUUGAAUUCGUUGACAAUCAAGAUGCACUUGAUUUGAUUGCGAUUAAACAAUUGAAUAUUAUGGCUUUGAUCGAUGAAGAGGCGAAAUUCCCAAAAGGUACCGAUACCACAAUGUUGGCCAAACUGCAUAAAACACAUGGAACGCACAAGAAUUACUUAAAACCAAAAUCAGAUAUUAAUACAAGUUUUGGAUUGAAUCAUUUUGCUGGCGUUGUAUUCUAUGAUACGCGCGGAUUUCUAGAGAAAAAUCGUGAUUCAUUCAGUGCGGAUUUACUGCAAUUGAUCAAUACAUCACAUAAUAAAUUUUUACGAGCUGUUUUUGCCGAAGAUAUUGAAAUGGGAGCGGAAACACGAAAACGAACACCGACCCUAUCGACACAAUUUAAAAAGAGUCUUGAUGCGCUCAUGAAAACAUUAUGCAAUUGUCAACCGUUCUUCAUUCGUUGCAUCAAACCGAAUGAAUUUAAGAAGCCAAUGAUGUUUGAUCGAACAUUAUCGUGUCGGCAAUUGCGGUAUUCAGGCAUGAUGGAAACAAUUCGAAUUCGUCGUGCUGGCUACCCAAUUCGACAUGGAUUCAGAGAAUUUGUUGAACGAUAUCGAUUCUUGAUAAACGGCGUACCGCCAGCCCAUCGAACCGAUUGUCGAUUGGCAACGGCACGCAUUUGUUCUGCCGUUUUGGGCAAAUCUGACUAUCAACUCGGUCAUACAAAAGUAUUUUUAAAAGAUGCCCAUGAUUUAUUCUUGGAACAGGAACGUGAUCGUGUUUUAACUCGAAAAAUUUUGAUUCUUCAACGAUCGAUACGUGGUUGGGUGUAUCGAAGACGAUUCCUUCGUAUGAAGGCCGCUGCAAUUACCAUACAAAAACAUUGGAAAGGUUAUGCACAACGAAAACGUUAUAAGAAGAUGCGUGUUGGUUACAUGAGAUUGCAAGCGUUGAUAAGAUCGCGUGUGCUUUCGCAUCGUUUUCGUCAUUUGCGUGGCAACAUUUGUCGAUUGCAAGCACACGCCAGAGGUUAUUUAGUGCGAAGAGAAUAUGGUCACAAAAUGUGGGCAAUUAUUAAAAUUCAAUCGCAUGUACGUAAAAUGAUUGCGAUGCGAAGGUAUCGAAAAUUGCGUGAAGAUUAUCGUAAAUACAAUGAAGCGUUACGCAUUCGACGACUUGAAGAGCAAGAGUUGCGACAUCAAGGCAAUAAACAUGCAAAGGAAAUCGCCGAAAAACAUUAUCGGGACCGUUUGAAUGAGCUGGAACGCAGGGAUUUCGAACAGGAAUUGGAGCAAAGGAGAAAGGUUGAGGUGAAAAAGACAUUGAUAAACGACGCAGCACGGAAACAAGAUGAACCGGUCGAUGAUAGUAAAUUAGUUGAAGCUAUGUUCGAUUUCCUGCCAGAUUCAAGCAGCGAAACUCCAACACCACAUGGCGGACGGGAAACGUCAGUUUUCAACGAUCUACCGGUCAAUGCUGAUAAGAACGAAGAUGUUACACCCAUUCAAAUGGUGUCGGAAGACGAAGAAGACUUGUCUGAGUUUAAAUUUCAGAAAUUUGCUGCCACCUAUUUCCAAGGCAAUGUUACACAUCAAUAUUCACGUAAACCACUGAAGCAUCCAUUGUUGCCGCUUCAUACACAAGGCGAUCAAUUGGCCGCUCAAGCACUUUGGGUUACAAUUUUACGAUUCACCGGUGAUUUGCCCGAACCACGGUAUCAAACAAUGGAUCGUGAUAAUACGUCGGUGAUGUCAAAAGUGACGGCCACGUUGGGACGCAAUUUCAUACGUAGCAAGGAGUUUCAAGAGGCUCAAAUGAUGGGUCUCGAUCCUGAAUCGUUUAUUAAACAAAAACCACGAUCGAUUCGUCAUAAAUUAGUGUCGUUAACAUUGAAACGAAAGAAUAAAUUGGGCGAAGAUGUACGGAGACGUUUGCAAGAUGAAGAAUAUACGGCCGACAGUUACCAAUCGUGGUUGGAAUCACGUCCAACAUCCAAUUUGGAAAAAUUACACUUUAUUAUCGGCCAUGGAAUUCUACGGGCCGAACUUAGGGACGAAAUUUACUGUCAAAUUUGCAAACAACUCACCAAUAAUCCAUCGAAAUCAUCACAUGCUCGUGGUUGGAUUUUGCUGUCACUCUGCGUUGGAUGCUUUGCACCAUCCGAAAAAUUUGUUAAUUAUUUGAGAGCAUUCAUCAGAGAAGGACCACCAGGCUAUGCCCCCUACUGUGAGGAACGUUUGAAACGUACUUUCAACAAUGGGACACGAAAUCAACCACCGUCAUGGCUGGAAUUGCAAGCCACCAAAUCAAAGAAACCAAUCAUGUUGCCGAUUACGUUCAUGGAUGGCAAUACAAAAACACUUUUGGCUGAUUCGGCAACCACUGCGCGUGAAUUGUGUAAUCAACUUUCGGAUAAAAUUGCGCUGAAAGAUCAAUUCGGAUUUUCCUUGUACAUUGCGCUGUUUGAUAAAGUAUCAUCGUUGGGCAGUGGCGGUGAUCAUGUAAUGGAUGCAAUAUCCCAAUGCGAGCAAUAUGCAAAAGAGCAAGGUGCUCAAGAGCGUAAUGCACCGUGGCGUUUAUUUUUCCGCAAAGAAAUAUUUGCACCAUGGCAUGAGCCGACUGAAGAUCAAGUUGCAACGAAUUUAAUAUAUCAACAAGUUGUACGUGGUGUAAAAUUCGGUGAAUAUCGUUGUGACAAAGAAGAAGAUUUAGCUAUGAUUGCCGCACAACAAUACUUCAUCGAAUAUGGAACUGACAUGUCGAUGGAACGAUUAUUCACAUUGCUACCAAAUUUUAUACCUGACUAUUGUCUCACCGGCAUUGAAAAGGCGAUCGAUCGCUGGGCAGCACUUGUGCUGCAAGCCUAUAAAAAGAGCUAUUAUCUAAAGGAUAAAAUUCCAGCGUUGAAAGUCAAAGAAGAUAUCGUCAGUUAUGCAAAAUAUAAGUGGCCAUUGUUAUUUUCACGCUUUUAUGAGGCGUAUCGAAAUUCUGGACCAAAUCUACCGAAGAAUGAUGUGAUCAUUGCAGUGAAUUGGACCGGUGUUUAUGUUGUUGAUGAUCAAGAACAAGUGUUAUUGGAAUUGUCAUUCCCCGAAAUUACAUCGGUUUCCAGUCAAAAAACCAACAAAGUUUUCACACAAACGUUUAGUCUGUCUACCGUACGCGCCGAAGAAUUCACAUUCCAAAGCCCAAACGCCGAAGAUAUUAGAGAUUUGGUCGUUUAUUUCUUGGAAGGUCUCAAGAAAAGAUCCCGAUUUGUAAUUGCGGUACAAGACUACAAGGCACCAGGCGAAGGAACAAGCUUUUUGUCAUUCAUAAAGGGCGAUUUGAUUAAUUUAGAAGAAGAUAAUACUGGUGAAACUGUUUUAAACAAUGGAUGGUGCAUUGGUCGUUGUGAACGAACUGAAGAACGUGGUGAUUUUCCGGCCGAAACAGUGUAUGUGCUUCCAACAUUAACAAAACCGCCGCAAGAUAUUUUGGCACUAUUUAGCAUAGAAGAGGCACACCAUGGUCGUCGAUUGAAUACAAUAUCAAAUGGUGGCACGGAAACACGUGAACGACCCCAUACAUUGCAAGAUUAUGCUUUAGAUCAUUUUAGACCGCCACCAAAACGAACAAUGUCCAAAGCACUGACGCUCAGCUCAAAGCGGCACAGCGAUGAAUUAUGGAGAUAUUCAAGAGACCCGCUGAAGCAACCGUUGUUAAAGAAAUUACAGGCCAAAGAAGAAUUAGCCGAAGAGGCGUGUUUCGCAUUUGCAGCCAUUUUAAAGUAUAUGGGCGAUUUGCCAUCAAAACGACCACGCAUCGGUAACGAAAUUACCGAUCACAUUUUUGACGCCCCAUUAAAGCAUGAAAUCUUACGAGACGAAAUUUACUGUCAACUCAUGAAACAAUUGACUGAAAAUCGAAAUCGAUUGUCAGAAGAACGUGGUUGGGAAUUAAUGUGGCUGGCAACCGGUCUCUUUGCAUGCAGUCAAAAUUUGUUGAAAGAAUUAUUUUUAUUUUUACGUAGUCGUCGGCAUCCAAUUUCGCAGGAUUCAUUACAUCGUUUGCAAAAAACAAUUCGAAAUGGCCAACGCAAGUAUCCACCGCAUCAAGUUGAAGUUGAAGCCAUACAGCAUAAGACCACACAAAUCUUUCAUAAAGUCUAUUUCCCAGACGAUACAGACGAAGCAUUCGAAGUGGAUUCGUCAACAAGAGCAAAAGAUUUUUGUCAAAACAUCUCACAACGGCUGGGACUAAGAUCGAGCGAAGGUUUUAGUUUAUUUGUUAAAAUUGCCGAUAAAGUGAUUUCCGUGCCGGAAGGAGACUUUUUCUUUGAUUUUGUUCGUCAUUUAACCGAUUGGAUUAAAAAAGCACGAUCGACACGUGACGGAACGAAUCCACAAUUUACAUAUCAAGUGUUUUUCAUGAAAAAAUUAUGGACGAAUACGGUACCGGGCAAAGAUCGAAAUGCUGAUUUAAUAUUCCAUUACCAUCAAGAAUUGCCAAAACUAUUACGUGGCUAUCACAAAUGUUCAAAGGAAGAAGCAGCCAAAUUGGCCGCCCUAGUCUAUCGUGUUCGAUUUGGCGACAGCAAACAAGAACUUCAAGCAAUCCCACAACUUCUCCGGGAUUUGGUUCCAUCAGAUUUAGUCAAAAUUCAAGGUACAAGCGAAUGGAAACGUUUCAUCACUUCAAUGUACACGCAAGACGUUGGAAUGACAUCGGAAGAGGCGAAAAUUGCAUUCUUGAAAAUUAUUUACAGAUGGCCCACAUUCGGUUCAGCAUUCUUUGAAGUGAAACAAACAACGGAACCAAAUUAUCCAGAAAUGCUAUUAAUCGCAAUAAACAAGCACGGAGUUAGUCUGAUUCAUCCACAAAGCAAGGACAUUCUAGUAACACAUCCAUUCACACGUAUAUCAAAUUGGUCAUCGGGAAAUACAUAUUUCCAUAUGACGAUCGGUAAUUUAGUGCGUGGUUCGAAAUUAUUAUGCGAAACAUCAUUAGGUUAUAAAAUGGACGAUUUGCUUACGUCGUACAUCUCAUUAAUGUUGGCCAAUAUGAACAAACAAAGGACAAUACGAAUAAAUUAGCCACAGUAGCGUCGACAUUUAUUAUCAUCACGAAAAACAAAAUAUUGAACAAAAAAACUUCUUUUUUUAUUUAUAUAAAUAUUGUUUUGCUCUGUUUUUUUUUAGUAAUGAAAAACUUUCGUUCAUUUCGCAAUAAAUUUGAAUUUAGCUUAUUUGAUAUUCUAUCGAUUAGUUUAAUGAAAUGAAACAAAUGAGGAUUACGCACAAAAUUUUAGCAAACACUUGAAAAUGCAGUCGAUAAAAGUCUGCCUCCUCAACAGAGUUUUUUUUUUCAAUUCAAGCAUAGAAUUUUAGACGUUCCGUUGGCAGAUUUUUAAGACGAAUCAUUGUUCAAGUUUUUUACUUUUAAAUUGAAUAAUUUUGCAAUUGAUUUUCUAUUAAUUAUCUGCUUGUUAGCAUGUAAUACAUCGUAUUAUUAAUAAAUCGAUUUAUAAAUAUAUAUAUUUUUUGAAAAUGAAA